AUGGUACAAGAGGCCAAAGCUCAAGCUGUCACAAGCAAGGCCAAAGGAGGAAGAAAAGGAAAGGCAAUGCAACCACGAGCCAUUGACAAUGAGGCCACCAACGAGUCAGACACCGAGGUGAUUGACGAUGACGCUGAGGAAGAAACUGACUCCGACUCGGAUCACGACAACAACAGAAAGCCAUACAAUUUUCGUACUCUAGCAAAACUACUUGAGCCUGUCCCAAAACUCACAUCGCACAACUAUUAUAGUUGGAAUGCCCAUAUCAAGUCCUUUCUACGAUGUAUUCCUCAUGCCAUGAAGCAUCUUGAUGGAGCAUAUGACAAGAAACAUCCCAAAUGGAACCGCACAUUCGAUGAUGCCUUGACAAAUGCAUUACGCAGUACCAUUGACACCACCAGAGAGCACAAUAUCAAUUACUUGAUUCUUGACAUCAUCAGGGAGCACCAUACGUUCCAUCAUGUAUGGAAGAAGAUUGAAAAUGGACUCACCAAUGAGGCCACUGCCAUAUCUCAUCGUAUUGCAUUGAUUGCUCAGCUAGGUGAACUAAGGAUGCACAACUCAGACUGCACUAUCCAACACCCAAUGUACAAGGAGACCAUCGCCACUGUCAGCCAGCUUAGUUUUAACGCCCUCACCACUGCCCUAUCUAUUUGGCAGUCGGCGAUCAAGAACAACCCCACCCUGAGAGUUGACCCCCGUCAAGCAAGCACCAGAGUCAUCAGCAGCGACGACCAGGAUGAGACACCUGGAAAGGAGGAGAAAGACGAAAAGGACACUGACAGCACCAGCGCCAAAGUCGCCACUAGACCUUGA